AGGUCAAAGUUGGUUGAAAUGGCGUCUUGUUUUUCGCGUUAGUUGUUGAAGUUUUAUGUAAAAUUUACCUGAAUUUAGUUUAAAAUGAGUGAUAGCGACUCAGCAAGUAAAUCUUUUGUGUACUUUUCCUCUGACAGUGAUCAAGAGGAGGUUGCCAAGGCCUUCAAUACAUUACCUGAAAGGCAGGCAAAGGUCACUAGCCUGAUGACCUUUAUAGAGAAGGGGUCAAAGGACAAAGUUAGCAGUAAAGAUAACAACAAAGAUAACAUCAAAGAUAAUAACAGUGUAGAACGAUACUGCUUAUGUCGGAGUACGGAUGCCUCACGUUUCAUGAUAUGUUGUGAUUAUUGUAAUGAAUGGUAUCAUGGGGAUUGCGUCAACUUGAAAGAGUCGUCAUCAAAAACCAUUAGAAAGUAUGCAUGUCCACCAUGCCGUUCAAAAGAUCCAGCAAAUAAUGUAAUAAAACAUAAGCUAAAGAUGAAGGUAAAAAAAAAAUCUAAAAUGAGGGAACGUGAGAGAGACAAAGGGAAGGAGAAACACAAGAAAAAACACAAAGAUAAAAAGAAAAAGAAGCACUCAAAGGAUAAAGAUAAAAAGAAAAAAGCUUCAAAGAAGUUAAAACCUGAUGAAAAAAUUGACACAAGUUUCUGUGACAAACUUUUGAAGGAGUACGAACAAAAGAAAGAUUUGACGGACGGAGCGGAGUCAAGCGAUGGGAGUGGUGAUGGCAAAGACUCAAAGUUAGCGCGCAAAUAUGUGAACAACUUGCCUCAGUUGCCUCGAUCCAACCGGCGAUGCGGUGAUUGUGAUGCAUGCUACAGACAAGACGAUUGCGGGGAGUGUGACUACUGUAUGGUACGACUAUUACCACAACUUUCUUGAUUCAAUUUGAUUGUGAGACAGGAUGCCAUGGGAAGCUUAGCAGGA